AUGAACUUCAACGACGUCGCCGCCACCGCCGCCGCCGCUGCCAACCCUGCCGGUCUGGCCGCUCCACCUGUCCCCGAGACCGAGAACAUUCACGGUGAAGGGCCGAGCCCGGCAAACCCGGAAAUCGCACUCCCCCCGCCUGCUGUGCUUCCACCACAGCAGCUCGCCGACCAUGACCUAGCCGUGCAACCCCCCGCUGGUGCCAACCCUCCGGCCCAGAACGGCAACCUCGAGGCCAACAAGCAGCUCGACGGUCGAGCCGUCGCUCGCAAGCACUUCCUUUCUAUUGCCAGCGCUGGGAUUGUCUGCAUCUUGCUAACCGGAGGAGCAAUGAAGGCGGCCGGCUGCACUUACGAUGAUAUUAAGUGGCCCGUUACUAUCGAGGUCACGCUCGUUACGGCGCUCUUGAGCCCCCUUAUCCCCAAGUGCAUCAUUGCCGCCUAG